CAUUGGGUAGCUGUGUUGAUAUUCUUUUCCUUUUCUUCGUUCUUCUUUUUCUUCUGGUUCCGUCUGUCGGCCGCUGUUGCCCCGGAUCCCAUGGCGCGCGAGCUGGCUAGUGUUUUGGUUUUAGUGCUUCCUUUUCUUCUGCUCGUGUGGAGGACGGGAGCCGGUGGAUUGGAUGUUGACAAGCUUCUCUUCGGAGAGGAGUAUGAUGUUUCCGCCCCAAGCUCGUUGCCGCCGCGGUUGAACUUGAGUAGGAGCUCGCCGCCGACGGGCGGGGAUGAUGAGUGGAAGGAGGAGAUACUGCGGCUGGCGAGGAGGCCGGAGGCGGUGGAGUGGGUGAAGGAGUUGCGGCGAAGGAUUCACGAGCACCCGGAGCUGGCUUACGAGGAGGUGGAGACGGGGAGAUUGAUCAUGGAGGAGCUUGAUGCCAUGGGAGUGGAAUAUCGUUUUCCUUUGGCGAUGACUGGUAUAGUAGCUACCAUUGGAACCGGUGAGCCUCCGAUUGUGGCGCUUAGGGCCGAUAUGGAUGCUCUUCCGAUCCAGGAAGCUGUAGAAUGGAAGCACAAGAGCAAGAUCCCCGGUAAAAUGCAUGCUUGUGGGCAUGAUGCACAUGUGGCAAUGCUUGUUGGUGCUGCCAAGAUUUUGAAGGCUCGUGAACAUCAUCUAAAGGGUACUGUUAAGUUACUCUUUCAGCCAGCAGAGGAAGCUGGAAUAGGUGCAAAGAGAAUGAUUGAAGAUGGUGCACUCAGGGGCGUUGAGGCUAUAUUUGCUGUUCAUGUAUCACAUGAACACCCAACUUCAGUCAUCGGAUCAAAAGCUGGUCCUUUACUUGCUGGUUGUGGCUUCUUCAAAGCAGUGAUAAAGGGAAGACAAGGUCCUGCAGACAAUCCACGACAUUCAGUAGAUCCCAUUUUAGCUGCCUCUGCUGCAGUAAUUAGCUUACAGAACAUUGUGUCCCGGGAAUCUAAUCCUUUAGAUUCACAGGUUGUCUCAGUAGCAGCAGUGAAUGGAGGCAGCAAUCUGGACCUGGUCCCAGAGUCUGCCAUCCUCGGCGGAACUUUUAGAGCUUUCUCAAAUGCUAGCUUUCAUAAGCUCAGGCAAAGAAUAGAGGAGGUCAUUGUAAUGCAGUCUAGUGUAUAUAAAUGCUCUGCUUCAGUAGACUUCUUUGAGAACGAACGAUUCUACCCUCCCACUGUCAAUGACGAUAUAAUGUACAAGCAUGUGAAGAAUGUAGCCGUUAGCCUGUUGGGUACCAAGAACUAUAAAGAUGUUCCUCCGAUGAUGGGUGCCGAAGACUUCUCCUUCUACUCAGAGAUUGUACCUGCGGCCUUCUAUUACAUAGGCGUGAGGAACGAGUCCUUGGGUUCAAUUCAUACGGGUCAUUCGCCAUACUUUAUGAUCGAUGAAGAUGUAUUACCAGUUGGAGCUGCAGUUCAUGCAGCCAUAGCUGAGAGAUAUUUCUUUCUCUCAGAACAGGGUUAGAACUCAUCUCUGCUUAUUUUAUUUUGUGGCAAAGCAGAUGGAGUGGUAAUCCAUAAUCAUAAAUGCUCUCCAAAUUUGGUCUAGAUUUUUUUAUAUGAUCCUCUAUUCCUCUUUGGAAGUGGAGAGAGGACAUUUUAAGGUCUCUGCUUCUGACAAGGGUUGAUAGCAGCUAGAAUUGCAACUGGCAGAAGGUCAGACUGCUUAGACUAAUUUUGGAGAAAGGUGGAGUAAUUAAAGCUUCGUUUGGGACGGCUUUCUUACUGCUUCCUAAAACAG